UACACAUCAAGUGCCUGUCAAUCGACCGGACCGAUCUCAUCAGCGACAAAAUGUCCGACGACAUAACGGGGGCCGAGGAAGCCGGCGAGGACAAGGGCGAGGGCAAGGAGACCUACCCGUUCGGUGAGUACGAGGGCGGACGGGACGAGGACCUCAACCGGCACGGCUUCGGCAGCGCCCUUUUGCCCAACGGCGACAUCUACGAGGGCGAGUACAUUCACGGCCAGCGCUACGGCAAAGGGAUGUAUGCCUUCAAAAACGGGGCCCGAUACUCGGGCAUGUGGAAGCGCGGCCUCAAACACGGCCACGGCGAAUUCCUCUAUCCCGAUGGCAGCAAAUACGUGGGCGAUUGGAAGAAGGAUUUCAAGCACGGAAUCGGUACCUACACCUACCCCAACGGCGAUAUAUACGAAGGGUGCUGGUACGAGGGGUGGCGCCACGGAUUGGGCACCUACUUCUUCAAAGCCUUGGAGGUAUCUUUCUACGGUACUUGGAAAGAAGGCAGAAUGGAAGGACCGGGGAUAUACAAUUACGCUUACUACAGAUACCACGGCACCUUCGAAAAGAACCUGCCGAAAGGCGCGGGUUGCUUCAUAUUCGAUUGCAAGUACAUGCAGCACGGGUUCUUCAUCAACAUUCGCGAUCCGAAGUUCGAUUACUUGGGCAUUCAGGAGCUGAAUUUGGAGAAGAAUCCCGACGGGAGUGAUAAUAGGGGGAAUCUGAGCGGGAUAGUGCCGAUAUGGCGCGCUAGAAGCAUCACCGAGUACAGAACUGAGCUGUUGCCGCCCGAGCCGAUUCCGAUUCCGGUGCGAGAAGAGGAGGAAUCGAUGCAGGAUAUUAUUCAGUAUUUGGAGAAACAUCACGAUGUUAUUGGGGCUGAGGAUGACGAGAGGAUUACCACGUCUCCUGUACCACCGGAUUUGGAUAUACCUGAUAUUGAUAUUUAUAACAUUUAGUGGAGUUUUACAUUUAUAAUUUUAUUUAUUAAAAACGAAGCCGUUGAAUAAAGACGAUUUAC